AUGGGUGUCAUUUCUCAUGUUGGUACGCUUCUUCGUCCUUCAACUCAACUCCUCCUGGGUUCAGUUUUUUCCCGCGGUGGCAUUGGAGUUGAAAAUUUCGGUUUUCGCAGAAACAACGCGUUCUUCAGGUUCACCUUUCAACGAUCAUAUUCUCUUCACUACAUUCGGAAACAGAGAUUUAGAUCUCGAUUCGUCGUUGUUAUAGGUCGCAUCCUGCACGAUGUUGCAAUGGAUGGGAGGAUCCAGGCGGAAAGUCGCUACUGUGAGUUGGAGCAAAAGCAAUACUUUGAACAAAGAAAGCGUAAACAACAAAAUCUGCAGAUGAUGGGUUCAGAUAACUGUUUCGAUAGUCCUGGAAUAAGUGGACAAAACCUCAAGGAACAUCGGUCUCUGGACAUUCUUAAUUUGCUUAACUUGUCAACAAAUGCUCAGCAAAGCAAUCCAUUUUGCCCGGAGGGUAAGGAUGAUGUUAUUUCUGCAUAA